AUGGCCGUAAACCCUUUCUUGACAAUAUCAGGGCAGCAGAGGACCUCACUGGGUCCCUCACCAUUUGAACCUCGAACAGUGGCCAGAGAUUUAUUGCCUUCUACUGUAGCUCCAACUGACCCAAGACACUUUUGUGUUUCUUCCCAAUUUGGAUCUUCUGUUAUACCUAAUGCAAAUAUGCCGAACAUGCUGUCCAAUCAUGCCUACUCAGGUUGGGGCAUUUUACCACCUGAAUCCAUAAAAACAAUGGCCAGAAGAAAUGAAAUGAUUCAAAAGCAUAAUACUGCCAGGACAGAAAUGGAAAUGUAUGCCAUUUAUCAGCAAAGAAGAAUGGAAAAAGUUAAUCCCAAGGGGCUAAUGGGUUUAGGGAUACCAUUCCUCUAUGGCUCCAGUAUCCCAGCAGGCCCAGCCACAUACCAUGGCAGAAGCAUGCUCCAUGCCAGUGACCUGCAUUUCCACAGAAGCACCUUGAGAAACCUUCAGGGAAACCCCAUGCUAGUGGCAACUGGUCCACAUUUUCUAGAGAGCUGGGAGCAGAAAUGUCGUCGUCUCAGGAGAGGUACAGGGAAUCAGAAAAUUCUAGAUAGUGAUACCGAUUGUUGCAAAAGUCAAGCAGAAUUUAAAAUCCCAGGCCAGACUCAUGCAAUUCCCUAUGAAAACGAUGAGUUUGCAAAAGAUCCUGAGACUGAAGCACUCAACAAUCAGAAGUCACGGGAAACCAAUGAAAAACCAACUGCAGCUCCUGCCAAAACCUGUGCAGAGCUGGAGUCCAUCCACAGAACACCCUGGGCAGCCCAUAGCACCUCCCUGGAAGCAAAGGCCUGGGACAGCAGCAGGCAGAAGGCCUCAGAGGAGUCUUUCACAGCCUGCAGUGAAAAGAAUCCAGGGCCUCCACCAGCUCUGCCAAGAACAGGUGAACUGGUUACAACUGGGGAACAUCUAUCUUUGGAUGAAGAUAUUCAGAAAUGGACCGUGGAUGAUGUGCACAAUUUCAUUAGAGGCCUUCCAGGCUGUUCAGCCUAUGCUCAGGUAUUUAAAGAUCAUGCAAUUGAUGGAGAAACUUUGCCAUUACUCACAGAGGAGCAUCUUCGAGACACAAUGGGAUUAAAGCUAGGGCCGGCACUAAAAAUUCAAUCUCAGGUAUCUCAGCAUGUGGGAAAUAUGUUCUACAAGAAAAGUCUUUCACUUCCUAUCCAUACGUAUUCAACAAGGCAAGCAUUUGACCAACCUGCAGAUACAUCCUCUCUUUUGGAUUUUAAUUCCUGGGGUGAUUCACCGGGCAUUCCUUGUUCCCAGGAUAUAAUUCCUAAAGGAAAUGAGCAAGAUAGUAUGAGGAAUUAA